AUGCCCAGAAAUGGCACCAAGAAACCUUGGUCACAAAGAUACAAAUCUCUUAAGGGGGUUGACCCCAAGUUCCUGAGGAACCUGCGCUUUGCCAAGAAGCACAACAAGAAAGGCCUGAAGAAGAUGCAGGCCGACAAUGCAAAGGCAGCGAGUGCACGCGCAGAGGCCGUCAAGGCCCUUGUGAAGCCUCAGGUCAUCAAGCCCAAGAUGCCAAAGGGUCCCAGCCGCAAACUCAGCCGCCUGCCUUUCAUUGCUCACCCCAAGCUCGGGAAGCGGAUCCGAAGCUACAAGGCCAAGGGUCGUAGGCUCUGCCAACCAAAGCCCAAGGUUCAGACCGAGGCAGAGGCCGCAGUUCUAGCCAAGGCCCAGGUUCAGCUCCAGCUCAGGCUCCCAAAGGUGCCCAGGCCCCUGUGA